AAUAUGCCGGGAUGUCACGUGUCCUACUUAUAUCAGUACACUCGUAACAACCUAGCAUUACGAAACUCCUAUUCGAUCAAAUAAACCUCACGUAGCAAAUAAGCCAUUCGAUUUUUUUGUUGACCAAAUUCGACACUCCGUACGAAAACUCGCUUGGUGAGCGAAAGAAACGAAAGAAUGCUACCUGCUGAAGAAGACAGAUUUUUGGUAGAGUUGGGCUAAUUAUGUGUUUAGAGACGUCAUUGAGUUAGGCCUCUCGCUUUGCCUCUUCCUCUUUGGUGGUGCUCUCGCCACAUGAUGAAGUGGGAAAAUCUCAGGCCGCAUGUGUUGUGACAAAACACUUGCGCAUCACUGACAGCCACUCUUACCACUGCUUUUAAGUUAUUUUGAGACAAAGUCAGGGGGUUAUCUGCUAAUAUCGGUAGAAAUAAAUAGAUUAAAAUGCCGAAGAAAGCAAAAGAAGAAGCAGAAUGGGAAGGAGAAGAGGGAGCAGCCCCACCAGCGGUGGCAGGUAGCUAAUUGUUAGCAGCUAAGCUAACGGUGACAACUGAAUCCUAGCCAGCCACUGCACCACAGUUGUUAACGUUAGCUAAUGUGCAUCAAUGUGAUAUUUAAUAAGCAAGUAACUGUCCUGGCUGUCAUAUGGUGUAUCUGUCUACUUUAGCUAGCUUACUAUCAAUGUUGUGAAAAUGAUGCAAUGCCACAUGCAUGCCUUGUAAUUGUCAGACAAAUGAUUCCUUGUUCUCUCUACCUGACAGUCAAGUAGAGACAUACUUCAACAUGUAAAAGGGGUCCUGUGUGGAAGAAUAAUCAACACAGGGUCUUGGCUAACUAGCUAUGCAUUUCUCAUUCAUUGAAGUCAUGAAGGCUAGUUAGCUCUGUCAUAGCUAGUAUGCAUUGUUAGAAGAACUGCUGUGUUGCCAAAAGUAUGAAAAAUGUAUGCACUCACUAACUGUAAGUCGCUCUGGAUAAGCGCGUCAGCUAAAAUAAAAUAAAAUAAUAAUAACAAAAAAAAGUCAUUCUGAAAAUGCGCCACCCCUCCACUUCCCCAUAUAACGGGCUUUACCGCAUAUCUUGUCACUCAGUGCAUCCAUAUGUCGAUGACCAACUUGCUCAUCUUUGUACCUACAUUUUCUCUCCCCACUCUUCAGAAAAAUCAGUAAAGAAAGGAAAGAAGGAUAAGAAGGGGAAGAAGAGUGUGAGUAUACCUCUUUUGUGGAUAUUUUGAAUAGAUUGAAUGAGGUGAGAAAGAAAAUGUAAUCAUCAAUGUGUGAACACAUUAAACAAAAUGUGUCAAAAUCUCUCAUUGACUGUCACACUCUCUCUCACAGUUCUUUGAUGAGCUGGCCACAGAUAACAAAACGGAGAAGGAGGAUGAACCUGUGGCGAAGGAGACUCAAGGAAAGCAGGUAAUUGUUUAAAUUUAUUAAUACAGAUAAUCAUAUAGGCCAUUUGUAGUUGGAUUACUUAUUUUUGCAACACUGUAUCAAUAACACAAUGUCCUGUGAUAUGUUGACAUUAAUAAAUCCACCUAUUACAUAAUUGUUACGUUUCUUCCCUUCCCACCUAAUUUGCUCUCUUGAAAGAUAGAAGAUGAGCUUGAAGAGGUCGGGAAGGUAGCCACUACUAGCCAGAGUGAUAGCUAGCUUGCCGUAUCGAAUCUCCAAUAAAUAGAAAAUCAUAAUACAUAUAGAAUCAUAUAUAUAUAUAUAUAUAUAUAUAUAUAUAUAUACACACACAGUGAGGGGAAAAAAGUAUUUGAUCCCCUGCUGAUUUUGUACGUUUGCCCACUGACAAAGAAAUGAUCAGUCUAUCAUUUUAAUGGUAGGUUUAUUUGAACAGUGAGAGACAGAAUAACAACAAAAAAAUCCAGAAAAACGUAUGUCAAAAAUGUUAAUGAGGGAAAUAAGUAUUUGACCCCCUCUCAAUCAGAAAGAUUUCUGGCUCCCAGGUGUCUUUUAUACAGGUAACGAGCUGAGAUUAGGAGCACACUCUUAAAGGGAGUGCUCCUAAUCUCAGUUUGUUACCUGUAUAAAAGACACCUGUCCACAGAAGCAAUCAAUCAAUCAGAUUCCAAACUCUCCACCAUGGCCAAGACCAAAGAGCUCUCCAAGGAUGUCAGGGACAAGAUUGUAGACCUACACAAGGCUGGAAUGGGCUACAAGACCAUCGCCAAGCAGCUUGGUGAAAAGGUGACAACAGUUGGUGCGAUUAUUCGCAAAUGGAAGAAACACAAAAGAACUGUCAAUCUCCCUCGGCCUGGGGCUCCAUGCAAGAUCUCACCUCGUGGAAUUGCAAUGAUCAUGAGAACGGUGAGGAAUCAGCCCAGAACUACAUGGGAGGAUCUUGUCAACGAUCUCAAGGCAGCUGGGACCAUAGUCACCAAGAAAACAAUUGGUAACACACUACGCCGUGAAGGACUGAAAUCCUGCAGCACCCGCAAGGUCCCCCUGCUCAAGAAAGCACAUAUACAGGCCCGUCUGAAGUUUGCCAAUGAACAUCUGAAUGAUUUAGAGGAGAACUGGGUGAGUGUUGUGGUCAGAUGAGACCAAAAUGGAGCUCUUUGGCAUCAACUCAACUUGCCGUGUUUGGAGGAGGAGGAAUGCUGCCUAUGACCCCAAGAACACCAUCCCUACCGUCAAACAUGGAGGUGGAAACAUUAUGCUUUGGGGGUGUUUUUCUGCUAAGGGGACAGGACAACGUCACCGCAUCAAAGAGACGAUGGACGGGACCAUGUACCGUCAAAUCUUGGGAGAGAACCUCUUUCCCUCAGCCAGGGCAUUGAAAAUGGGUCGUGGAUGGGUAUUCCAGCAUGACAAUGACCCAAAACACACGGCCAAGGCAACAAAGGAGUGGCUCAAGAAGAAGCACAUUAAGGUCCUGGAGUGGCCUAGCCAGUCUCCAGACCUUAAUCUCAUAAAAAUCUGUGGAGGGAGCUGAAGGUUGGAGUUGCCAAACGCCAGCCUUGAAACCUUAAUGACUUGGAGAAGAUCUGCAAAGAGGAGUGGGACAAAAUCCCUCCUGAGAUGUGUGCAAACCUGGUGGCCAACUACAAAAAUCGUCUGACCUCUGUGAUUGCCAACAAGGGUUUUGCCACUAAGUCAUGUUUUGCAGAGGGGUCAAAUACUUAUUUCCCUCAUUAAAAUGCAAAUCAAUUUAUAACAUUUUUGACAUGCGUUUUUCUAGAUUUUUUUGUUGUUAUUCUGUCUCUCACUGUUGAAAUAAACCUACCAUUCAAAUGAUAGACUGAUCAUGUCUUUGUCAGUGGGCAAACGUACAAAAUCAGCAGGGGAUCAAAUACUUUUUUCCCUCACUGUAUACAUAUACACACACACAAACAGUGCCUUUGGAAAGUAUUCAGACCACUUGACUUUUUCCACAUUUUGUUAGGUUACAGCCUUAUUCUAAAAUUGAUUAAAUUCUGUAUUUUUCCUUAUCAAUCUACACACAUUACCCCAUAAUGGCAAAGAAAAAACAGGUUUUUUGAAUUUUUGCUAAUUUAUGGGGAAAACCCCCCCGGAAAUAUCACAUUUACAUAAGUAUUCAGACCCUUUACUCAGUCACUUUGUUGAAGCACCUUUGGCAGCGAUUACAGCCUCGAGUCUUCUUGGGUAUGGUGCUACAAGCUUGGCACACCUGUAUUUGGGGAGUUUCUCCCAUUCUUCUCUGCAGAUCUUCUCAAACUCUGUCAGGGUGGAUGGGGAGCGUCGCUACACAGCUAUUUUCAGGUCUCUCCAGAGAUGUUCGAUAGGGUCAAGUCCGGGCUCUGGCUGGGCCACUCAAGGACAUUCAGAGACUUGUCCCGAAGCCACUCCUGCGUUGUCUUGGCUGUGUGCUUAGGGUCAUGUCCUGUUGGAAGAUUAACCUUGCCCCAGUCUGAGGUCCUGAGCGCUCUGGAGCAGAUUUUCAUCAAGGAUCUCUCUGUACUUUGCUCCGUUCAUCUUUCCCUCGAUCCUGACUAGUCUCCCAGUCACUGCCGCUGAAAAACAUCCCCACAGCAUGAUGCUGCCACCACCAUGCUUCACCGUAGGAAUGGUGCCAGGUUUCCUCCAGAUGUGACACUUGGCAUUCAGGCCAAAGAGUUCAAUCUUGGUUUCAUCAGACCAGAGAAUCUUGUUUCUCAUGGUCUGAGAGUCUUUAGGCAAACUCCAAGCGGGCUGUCAUGUGCCUUUUACUGAGGAGUGGCUUCCGUCUGGCCACUCUACCAUAAAGGCCUGAUUGGUGGAGUUAUGCAGAGAUGGUUCUACUUCCGAUCUCCACCGAGGAACUCUAGAGCUCUGUCAGUGACCAUCGGGUUCUUGGUCACCUCCCUGACCAAGGCCCUUCUACCCCAAUUGCUCAGUUUGGCCGGGCGGCCAGCUCUAGGAAGAGUCUUGGUGGUUCCAAACUUCUUCCAUUUAAGAAUGAUGGAGGCCACUAUGUUCUUGGGGACCUUCAAUACUGCAGACAUUUUUUGGGACCCUUCCCCAAAUCUGUUCCUCAACACAACCCUGUCUUGGAGCUCUACAGACAAUUCCUUCGACCUUAUUUUACAUUUUAGUCAUUUAGCAGACGCUCUCAUCCAGAGCGACUUACAGUUAGUGAGUGCAUACAUUUUCAUAGUGGUCCCCCGUGGGAAUCGAACCCACAACCCUGGCGUUGCAAGCGCCAUGCUCUACCAACUGAGCUACACAGGACUUGGGUUUUGCUCUGACAUGCACUGUCAACUGUUGGACCUCAUAUAGACAGGUGUGUUCCUUUUCAAAAUCAUGUCCAAUCAUUUGAAUUUACCAUAGGUGGACUCCAAUGAAGUUGUAGAAACAUCUCAAGGAUGAUAAAUGGAAACAGGAUGCACCUGAGCUCAAUUUCGAGUCUUAUAGCAAAGGGAUCUAAAUACUUAUGUAAAAAAGGUAUUUCUGUUUUUUAUUUUUAAUACAUUUGCAAAAAUGUCUAAAAACAUGUUUUUGCUUUGUCAUUAUGGGGUAUUUUUAUUCAUUUAAUCAAUUUUAGAAUAAGGCUGUAACGUAAAAAAACUGUAGAAAACGUCAAGGGGUCUGAAUACUUUCCGACGGCACUGUAUGUAUGUAUGUAUGUAUGUAUGUAUGAAGUCGGAAGUUUACAUACACUUAGGUUGGAGUCAUUAAAACUUGUUUUUCAACUUUAUUUUUAACAAACUAUAAUUUUGGCAAGUCAGUUAGGACAUCUACUUUGUGCAUGACACAAGUAAUUUUUCCAACAAUUGUUUACAGACAGAUUAUUUCAAUCAUAAUUCACUGUAUCACAAUUCCAGUGGGUCAGAAGUUUACAUACACUAAGUUGACUGUGCCUUUAAACAGCUUGGGAAAUUCCAGAAAAUAAUGUCAUGGCUUUAGAAGCUUCUGAUAGGCUAAUUGACAUAAUCUGAGUCAAUUGGAGGUGUACCUGUGGAUGUAUUUCAAGGCCUACCUUCAAACUUAGUGACUCUUUGCUUGACAUCAUGGGAAAAUGAAAAGAAAUCAGCCAAGACCUCAUAAAAAAAUGGUACACCUCCACAAAUUUGGUUCAUCCUUGGGAGCAAUUUCCAAACGGCUGAAGGUACCACGUUCAUCUGUACAAACAAUAGUAUGCAAGUAUAAACACCAUGGGACCACGCAGCUGUCAUAACGCUCAGGAAGGAGAUGUGUUCUGUCUCCUAGAGAUGAACGUACUUUGGUGCGAAAAGUGCAAAUCAAUCCCAGAACAACAGCAAAGGACCUUGUGAAGAUGCUGGAGGAAACGGGGACAAAAAUAUCGAUAUCCAUAGUAAAACAAGUCCUAUAUCGACAUAACCUGAAAGGCCACUCAGCAAGGAAGAAGCCACUGCUCAAAAACCGCCAUAAAAAAGCCAGACUACGGUUUGCAACUGCACAUGGGGGACAAAGAUCGUACUUGCAAGCCGACGAACACCAUCCCAACCGUGAAGCACGGGGGUGGCAGCAUCAUGCUGUGGGGCUGCUUUGCUGCAGGAGGGUCUGGUGCACUUCACAAAAUAGAUGGCAUCAUGAUGAAGGAAAAUUACGUGGAUAUAUUGAAGCAACAUCUCAAGACAUCAGUCAGGAAGUUAAAGCUUGGUCGCAAAUUGGUCUUCCAAAUGGACAAUGACCCCAAGCAUACUUCCCAAGUUGUGGCAAAAUGGCUUAAGGACAACAAAGCCAAGCUAUUGGAGUGGCCAUCACAAAGCCCUGACCUCAAUCCUAUAGAAAAUUUGUGGGCAGAACUGAAAAAGCGUGUGCGAGCAAGGAGGCCUACCAAACCUGACUCCAAUAGCCUGGCUCUGUCAGGAGGAAUGGGCCCAAAAUUUACCCAACUUAUUGUGGGAAGCUUGUAGAAGGCUAUCCGAAACGUUUGACCCUAGUUAAACAAUUUAAAGGCAAUGCUACCAAAUACUAAUUGAGUGUAUGUAAACUUCUGACCUACUGGAAAUGUGACGAAAGAAAUAAAAGCUGAAAUAAAUAAUUCUGACAUUUCACAUUCUUAAAAUAAAGUGAUGAUCCUAACUGACCUAAGACAGGGAAUUUUCACUAGGAUUAAAUGUCAGGAAUUGUGAAAAACUGAGUUUAAAUGUAUUUGGCUAAGGUGUAUGUAAUUUUCCGACUUCAACUGUGUGUGUGUGUAUAUGUGUGUGUGUGUGUGUGUGUGUAUAUAUGUAUAUAUAUAUAUAUAUAUAUAUAUUACUACCAGUCAAAAGUUUGGACACACCUAUUAAUUCAAGGGUUGUUCCUUAUUUUUACAAAUGUUUACAUUGUAGAAUAAUAGUGAAGACAUCAAAACUAUGAAAUAACAGACAUGGAAUCAUGUAGUAACCAAAAAAGUGUUAAACAAAUCAAAAUAUAUUUUAUAUUUGAAAUUCUUCAAAUAGCCACUCUUUGCCUUGAUGACAGCUUUGCACACUCUUGGCAUUCUCUCAACCAGCUUCAUGAACUAGUCACCUGGAAUGCAUUUCAAUUAACACGUGUGCCUUCUUAAAAGUUAAUUUGUGGAAAUUUAUUUCCUUCUUAUUGCGUUUGAGCCAAUCAGUUGUGUUGUGACAAGGUAGGGGUGGUAUACAGAAGAUAGCCCUAUUUGGUAAAAGACCAAGUCCAUAUUAUGGCAAGAACAGCUCAAAUAAGCAAAGAGAAACGACAGCCCAUCAUUACUUUAAGACCUGAAGGUCAGUCAAUAUGGAACAUUUCAAUUACUUUUAAAGUUUCUUCAAGUGCAGUCGCAAAAACCAUCAAGCGCUAUGAUGAAACUGGCUCUCAUGAGGACCGCCACAGGAAUGGAAGACCCAGAGCUACUUCUGCUGCAGAGGAUGAGUUCAUCCAGCCUCAGAAAUUGCAGCCCAAAUAAAUGCUUCACAGAGUUCAAGUAACAGACACAUCUCAACAUCAACUGUUCAGAGGGGACUGUGUCAAUCAGGCCUUCAUGUUCGAGUUGCUGCAAAGAAACCACUACUAAAGAACACCAAUAAAAAGAAGAGACCUGCUUGGGCCAAGAAACACGAGCAAUGGACAUUAGACCAGUGGAAAUAUGUCCUUUGGUCUGGAGUCCAAAUGUGAGAUUUUUGGUUUAAACGGCUGUGUCUUUGUGAGACGUGGUGUGGGUGAACGGAUUAUCUAGGAAUGUGUAGAUCCCACCGUAAAGCAUGGAGGAGGUGGUGUUAUGGUGUGGGGGUGCUUUGCUGGUGACACUGUCUGUGAUUUAUUUUGAAUUCAUGGCACACUUAACCAGCAUGGCUACCACAACAUUCUGCAGCAAUACGCCAUCCCAUCUGGUUUGGGCUUAGUGGGACUAUCAUUUGUUUUUCAACAGGACGAUGACACAACACACCUCCAGGCUGUGUAAGGGCUAUUUUACCAAGAAGGAGAGUGAUGGAGUGUUGCAUCAGAUGACCUGGCCUCCACAAUCCCCCAACCUCAACCAAAUUGAGAUGGUUUGGGAUGAGUCGGACUGCAGAGUGAAGGAAAAGCAGCCAACAAGUGCUCAUUACAUGUGGGAACUCCUUCAAGACUGUUGGAAAAGCAUUCAAGGUGAAGCUGGUUGAGAGAAUGCCAAGGGUGUGCAAAGCUGUCAUCAAUGCAAAGGGUGGCUAUUUGAAGAAUCUCAACUAUAAAAUGUUUUGAUUUGUUUAAUACUUUUUUGGUUACUACAUGAUUCCUUAUGUGUUAUUUCAUAGUUUUGAUGUCUUCACUAUUAUUCUAGAAUGUAAAAAUAAAGAAAAACCCCUGAAGGAGUAGGUGUGUCCAAACUUUUGACUGGUACUGUAUAUAUUUGUAACUUAUGUAUUGUGAUGUUUCGUGUGGUCCCUCCCUGCAAAUACCUAACCUUAGUAGUUAUCAUGUAAACCUUAAUGCCCAUCUAAUAUAAUCUCUCUUGCUCUCAGCCUCAGAAGAAAAAGAAAGACCGGCGGAAAGGUAAAGGUGGAGAGGGAGACGAUGAUGAUGACGAGGAUGUGAUGGAGAAACUGAAGAAGCUGUCAGUGCAAGCCAGCGAGGACGAGGAAGAAGAGGGUAAGUUGACUGCUUAAUAAGUCUGUCAAACAUAAAUUAUGUAUACAUUUCAAGCUGGAAAUGUGUGGAGUUGAUAGCUUAGCUAGCCUUUCAUCAACUUCUCGCUCUUGCUUGCUCUCUCUCUCUCUCUCUCUAUCUUAUCCCAGUUGUGGCCCCCAGAAAAGGCAAGGGAAAUAAGGUGAGCAUGUUGUGCAUGCAACAGUCUUGAUCACUAUAUCUAGUCUUAACAGUGUUGAUCACUCUGUUCUAUUCUAUUGCAUUUUGGGGGGAGAAUAUGCUAUAAUCCACUUUUAAAUUGUAUUUGUUCUAUUUGUUGUUUCAGGGCGGGAACAUAUUUGCAGCUCUCAGUCAGGGAGACAGUGAUGAUGAUGAUGGAGUGGCUGGAGGGGAUGAUGAUGAAGAUGAGAGACGGAUGAAGGUGCGUGCGGUUUGCUUCUUAUGUUUAUGUAUCAUGUUCUUCUGAAUCUGAAUGUUGAUUGUAUUUAUACUACCUUUUUGUUUGCGGUCCAGGCAGCUCUAAGAAUGGGUUUGUUUACUAAUUCAUCCACCCCAUCCCUCCCCUCCUCAUAUCCUUCCUUCCUGUUCCUUUUCUACAGUCUUCUCUUCUCUUUUGGAUUUCAUCACACACACCCAAUAAUAGCUACACAUGUUCACAUCCAUAUUCUUAGGUAUUCCUACAUUAUUUUAUUGCAUUUUAUUGCAUUUCAUCUACAUGUGUUGGACAUAUUAGCAAUGGCUAGAAGGGCUGGGGCUUGCAAGGCACUUAGAAUCGAAUGAUCUGAAUCAAGCAUGUUCUUUUUCUUCAUAACGACGUUGUACUCUGGUGUAAGGACAUCUCUAAUAUUAAGGAACUGGUGUAUCUGUGUGCGUGUCUGUGCGUCUUUAAUACUUGAACACAGGAGGUUGAGAAGGUGCAUAAGGGCAAGAAAAAAGAUAAACCUAAGCCAAAACCAAAAGCCAAGGUGGGUGAUGGAAUGUUUCUUCUCCUACUGCAUUCUCUUUUCUUUCCCUCUCCUUUCCCCUUUCUUCAUACCCUUUUUACCCCCGUGCCUGUCUUUUUCCCAUCCAACAGGGUUGAUAACGGAAGGCAGCACAUUUUUAAAUGUUCACUAACACAUCCCCCACUCAUUCCAUUCACUUUUAUUUCACUCUACUCUCUAUUUAACUUAUUUCUCUUCAUCGUACACCUCAUAUCUGCAGAUCUAACCCACUGAAAUACUCAACACAAUAAAACCGUGUGAGUCUGAUCUCACUUUUUCCCAGACGUGGAGCCUCACUCUAUUCUUCCUACAUAAAACCAGGCUCCCUCUGAUGAUGAGGCGGAGGAAGAGAAGAAAGAGGAGGAUGAGAAAAAAGCUGUGAAAAAGAACAAGAAACCAGAGGCUAAACCAGCACCCAAGGUCAGGCUUCUGAUUGGCUUGGUGGAAUAUUCACCAUAUUGCUUACACCUAUCAAAUUAUUUCAGAUCUACUGGAGUAUCUAGAGAGUAUUGAUUUGGGAUUCAGCAUUAUGUUGAGAACUAAAUGAGAGAGACUCACCUUUUCUCUUCCCUUGUAGGCAACUGAGGAGGAUGAAGCAGAGGAGGAGAAAAAGGAGACGUCUCAGCCGAAGAAAGGCAAGAAGGAACAGCCCAAGGUGAGUGAAGUGCUCUCUCUGGUGGUAACAACACAAACUUUGUUUAAAACAGUUUUCCUUCUGGGAAUGUAGGGAUGGCAUUCGAUAGAAAAUAUUAUUGGGUUAGCGACAUAUAGUGUGACCAAGUCCUAAAAUCCAAACCUGUAAACUGUCUAGUAUGCAGGCCAAUAUAAUGCAUGGCCACAGUGUAUGGGUCACAGUAACACUUAAUAUCUUGUCAAGGUAGUUUCUGUAAAACCAUAAUGCUGUGUGACUUGUCCCAUUCAGAGGAUGAACAAACCUGCUCGCCCGCCUCGCAGCGAAGAUGAGGAAGAGGGUGAAGACGAUGAAGAUGACACAAUGAAGGUGUGUGUUUAUAGUCUAAUCUGAGUCUGCUAUAUGGAAGGGUGAUACAUAGCGUGUAGAGUCACCAUAGAAGGCCUAACUCACUGUCUCUCCCUCUGUCUGUGUGUCAGUGUGCUGAAGACGUGAUCGCAGAGCAGGAGCAGGAGAAAGGUGACGACCCCUUCGCCAACAUGAGCAAGAAGGAGAAGAAGAAGAAAAAGAAAAUGGUAACCAGUCUAUACAUAUACAGUGGGGGAAAAAAGUAUUUAGUCAGCCACCAAUUGUGCAAGUUCUUCCACUUAAAAAGAUGAGGCCUGUAAUUUUCAUCAUAGGUACACGUCAACUAUGACAGACAAAUUGAGAAAAAAAAUCCAGAAAAUCACAUUGUAUGAUUUUUUAUGAAUUUAUUUGCAAAUUAUGGUGGAAAAUAAGUAUUUGGUCACCUACAAACAAGCAAGAUUUCUGGCUCUCACAGACCUGUAACUUCUUAUUUAAGAGGCUCCUCUGUCCUCCACUCGUUACCUGUAUUAAUGGCACUUGUUUGAACUUGUUAUCAGUAUAAAAGACACCUGUCCACAACCUCAAACAGUCACACUCCAAACUCCACUAUGGCCAAGACCAAAGAGCUGUCAAAGGACACCAGAAACAAAAUUGUAGACCUGCACCAGGCUGGGAAGACUGAAUCGGCAAUAGGUAAGCAGCUUGGUUUGAAGGAAUCAACUGUGGGAGCAAUUAUUAGGAAAUGGAAGACAUACAAGACCACUGAUAAUCUCCCUCGAUCUGGGGCUCCACGCAAGAUCUCACCCCGUGGGGUCAAAAUGAUCACAAGAACGGUGAGCAAAAAUCCCAGAACCACACGGGGGGACCUAGUGAAUGACCUGCAGAGAGCUGGGACCAAAGUAACAAAGCCUACCAUCAGUAACACACUACGCCGCCAGGGACUCAAAUCCUGCAGUGCCAGACGUGUCCCCCUGCUUAAGCCAGUACAUGUCCAGGCCCGUCUGAAGUUUGCUAGAGUGCAUUUGGAUGAUCCAGAAGAGGAUUGGGAGAAUGUCAUAUGGUCAGAUGAAACCAAAAUAUAACUUUUUGGUAAAAACUCAACUCGUCGUGUUUGGAGGACAAAGAAUGCUGAGUUGCAUCCAAAGAACACCAUACCUACUGUGAAGCAUGGGGGUGGAAACAUCAUGCUUUGGGGCUGUUUUUCUGCAAAGGGACCAGGACGACUGAUCCGUGUAAAGGAAAGAAUGAAUGGGGGCCAUGUAUCGUGAGAUUUUGAGUGAAAACCUCCUUCCAUCAGCAAGGACAUUGAUGAUGAAACGUGGCUGGGUCUUUCAGCAUGACAAUGAUCCCAAACACACCGCCCGGGCAACGAAGGAGUGGCUUCGUAAGAAGCAUUUCAAGGUCCUGGAGUGGUCUAGCCAGUCUCCAGAUCUCAACACCAUAGAAAAUCUUUGGAGGGAGUUGAAAGUCUGUGUUGCCCAGCGACAGCCCCAAAACAUCACUGCUCUAGAGGAGAUCUGCAUGGAGGAAUGGGCCAAAAUACCAGCAACAGUGUGUGAAAACCUUGUGAAGACUUACAGAAAACGUUUGACCUGUGUCAUUGCCAACAAAGGGUAUAUAACAAACUAUUGAGAAACUUUUGUUAUUGACCAAAUACUUAUUUUCCACCAUAAUUUGCAAAUAAAUUCAUUAAAAAUCCUACAAUGUGAUUUUUUUCUCAUUUUGUCUGUCAUAGUUGACGUGUACAUAUGAUGAAAAUUACAGGCCUCUCUCAUCUUUUUAAGUGGGAGAACUUGCACAAUUGGUGGCUGACUAAAUACUUUUUUUCCCCACUGUACUUGACCAGACACAGAAUAAGCUUUUUAUUCAUUGGAAGUGUGUGUCUGUGCCUCUGUGUUUCUAGAUGGAGUAUGAGAAGCAGCUGGCCAGUGUGCGUGCUGCCAACGCUAUCGAGGGAGAUUUCUCCGUGUCCCAGGCUGAGUUGUCUUCCAGACAGGCCAUGCUGGAGAACGCAUCAGAUAUCAAGGUGACCUGACCGUCUCAACUCUUCUAGUGUUUCUUUAUUCUGACGAAUUGAGUGAGAACUUAAUAGAACAUAGUUCUUGAAUACUGAAGAAAAUGUAUUAAAUGUUUCUUUGUAAGUAGACAGUGUGAGGUAUGAGGUAGUCCCUUCAACCAUUAUAUACUGUAGAAAAGGGAUGGGCUACCUUGAUGGGGGUGGGGGCCACAAAAUCUGAACUCAUCAUGAGGGGCCGCAGUUUUUUGCGGGUCUAUGUACUAUAUCCAUACCACCCCCCCCCCCCCCCCACCCCUUUGACAGCAGAGAGGCAUUUUUGAGUAAAUUCCGCGCAAUUCUAGAUGUUUUGCCAUGGGAUGUAGAGAGAAAAUGUUGCGGUUUUAAAUUAAGUUUGCUGCAAUUCUAUACAUUUUGCCAUGGGGCAGAGAGAAGACUGCAGUUUUAUAACUAAUUUCAUGCAAUUCUACUCAUGAAAAAUGUAUGCACUCACUAACUGUAAGUCGCUCUGGAUAAGAGCGUCUGCUAAUGACUAAAAUGUAAAUGUACAUUUUGCCAUGGGGCGGAGAGGAAAAGUAGCUGUUUUAUAUAGGGUGGGGAGAAAUGUUUGCAGUUUUUAAUAUAUCUGAGUGAGACUGAAUAACAAAAUCAAUGGGGGCACCCCGGACAUUAAUUCGACCAUGAUAAUAAGUUUAGAUAGCUGGCCGCUAAACUAACUUAGCAAAUCUAAAAAAAUUUAGCUGACAUGGGCUAACUGACUAUCAGUGACUGGCAUAACAAGAGAAAAACUGCUAAUGCACAACCAAAUUUCAUAUUCUACUGUUGUAACGCGCAACUGUAAUUUGAGACCCCAACUGAGUUCCAAUUUAAAAAAUAAAAUAUAAAUAUAUAAAAUACAAUUUAAAUUGAUCCGAGGGCCUUCGGGCCGCCAGUUGCCCAUCCCUGCUGUAGAAUGUUCCAUAAAGUUCUAUGAGUAUCAGAGUUCACCUGUAGUGGUUUCAGUGUUUUAAUGUGCUACUCUUUGUCUCCUCCAGCUGGAGCGGUUCAGUAUAUCAGCUCACGGGAAGGAGCUGUUUGUCAACGCAGACCUCCUGGUGGUGGCAGGAAGACGCUACGGUCUGGUUGGACCCAACGGGAAAGGGAAGACCACUCUCUUGAAACAUAUCGCCAACAGAGCUCUCAGUAUCCCUCCUAACAUCGACGUGCUGCUCUGUGAGCAAGGUAUGUCACCUGUCCUCUGAAGAAUACCUCUCCAAUCAUACCCUUCUCUCUCCAUCUCCCUCUCUUAUCGUCGAUCUGUUUGCAUGUCUUUUGUCUCUACCCCCUGUCUCUCUCCCUCUACCCUCCUUUCUCUACCCCUCUUCUCCCUUCCUAUCUCUCUACCCCUUCUCUCACGUCACCCCUACCCUCUCUCUCUCUAACACCCUAUGUCUCUCUCCAUCUCUCCAUAGAGGUGAUAGCUGAUGACACCCCGGCGGUCCAGGCUGUGUUGAAGGCAGACACCAGGCGUCUGAAGCUCCUGGAAGAGGAGAGACAACUGCAGGCUCUGCUGGAGAAAGGAGAAGACAGCGUGGCUGAGAGACUGGACAAGGUAUGGGGAAGCGUUAUAAUGAAACCCUAAUACACUCUUAGAUCUGCCAGGUGAAAUAUCCACCUCCUAAUUGCUAUGAUAAUGUAUUGGAUACAGUGUUUUUUAAUUCAGACUGUGGAGUCAUUGUCUCUUAGGCUGCAUUCAGACAGAAAUGCCAUAUCUGUCAAUAGACUAAGCCACUGCAUGUCUACAUAUUGUGUGUCCGUCUCAACCAGGUCUAUGAGGAGUUGAGGAUCAUUGGGGCAGCAGCAGCGGAGGCUAAAGCCCGUCGUAUCCUGGCUGGUCUCUCCUUCACCCCAGAGAUGCAGAACCGAGCUACCAAGAAGUUCUCUGGAGGCUGGAGGAUGAGAGUCUCACUAGCCAGGUAGACUUUAUCAGAAUUCGAGAUGCUGAGAAUUUUCCUGCAGAUGAGUUUUGUGAUUUCAAUAAAUUCACUGAAAACCCACACUACCACACAGUUAUUAACAGUAUCGCACUUUUCAUGUAAUCUACUUUUGGCCAGCUAAUAUGGACAUUAUGGACUUAACAUUUUAAAUCCUGUUGCUGGAGGAUUAUUUUACUGUUACAAUAUUGAUCAAAUUAAGAUCCUAUAUCUGUAGACGCCCUAGCCCUGCUUAGGCACUUCUAUAGAUCUGAAAGGAUGAAAACAGAGAUAAAAACAGCAGCAAUGAAAACAGCAGUGAAAAUGAACUCUAACCUAAGCUUCCUGUGGCCCUCUCUCCUACCAGAGCUCUGUUCAUGGAGCCCACCCUGCUGAUGCUGGAUGAGCCCACCAACCAUCUUGACCUCAACGCUGUCAUCUGGCUCAACAAGUAAGGGCACACCACACGCUGCCUUUUUCUUAAAUAUCAUUUAUUUCACAGGGACAGGUCACAGUCAUAGUCCACACAACACGGAGCUGCUUAGUCAAUGGGUCUCCUUUCUGCCUUGCAUCUGUGAAUGAUACACUACAGUGGCUAAUAUAUCAAUCUCUCCUCCUUCUCCUAGCUACCUUCAGGGCUGGAAGAAGACUCUCCUCAUCGUGUCUCACGACCAGAGUUUCCUGGACGAUGUGUGUACUGACAUCGUUCAUCUGGACAACCAGAAACUUUAUUACUACAGAGGGAACUACUGUGAGUAUUAGCUAUGUACAUUCUUUCACCUUCCCCACAAACUGUUAGCCUGGGAAUACAAACUUCAACACAACAACAAACAAAAAUGUGUGUAUUUGGUUAUUGACAUACUAUACUGAACAAAAAUAUAAACGCAACAUGUAAAGUGUUGGUCCCAUGUUUCAUGAGCAGAAAUGUUCCAUAAACACAAAAACCUUAUUUCUCAAAAAUGUUGUGCACAAAUGUUUACAUCCCUGUUAGUGAGCAUUUCUCCUAUGCCAAGAUAAUCCAUCCACCUUACAGGUGUGGCAUAUCAAGAAGCUGAUUAAACAGCACGAUCACUACACAGGUGAAUCUUGUGCUGGGGACAAUAAAAGGCCAUUCUAAAAUGUGAAGUUUUGUCACACAACACAAUGCCACAGUUUUGAGGGAGCGUGCAAUUGGCAUGCUGACUACAGGAAUGUCCACCAGAGCUGUUGCCAGAGAAUUGAAUGUUAAUUUCUCUACCAUAAGCUGCCUUCAACGUCUUUUUAGAGAAUCUGGCAGUAUGUCCAACCGGCCUCACAACCGCAGACCGUGUGUAACCACGCCAGCCCAGGACCUCCACAUCCGGCUUCUUCACCUGCGGGAUCGUCUGAGCCAAGCCACCCGGACAGCUGAUAAAACUGUGGGUUUGCACAGCCAAAGAAUUUCUGCACAAACUGUCAGAAACUGUCUCAGGGAAGCUCAUCUGCGUGCUCGUCGUCCUCACCAGGUUCUUGACCUGACUGCAGUUCGGCGUCAUAACUGACUUCAGUGGGCAAAUGCUCACCUUCGAUGGCCACUAGCAAGCUGGAGAAGUGUGCUUUUCACGGAUGAAUCCCAGUUUCAACUGUACCGGGCAGAUUGCAAACAGUUUAUAUAGCAUCGUGUUGGUGAGCGGUUUGCUGAUGUCAACGUUGUGAACAGAGUGCCCCAUAGUGGCGGUGCGGUUAUGGUAUGGGUAGGCAUAAGCUACGAACACAAUUGCAUUUUAUCGAUGGCAAUGUGAAUGCACAGAGAUACCGUGACGAGAUCCAGAGGCCCAUUGUUGUGCCAUUCAUCUGCCGCCAUCACCUCAUGUUUCAGCAUGAUAAUGCACGGCCCCAUGUCGCAAGGGGCCGUGCAUUAUCAUGCUGAAACAUGAGGUGAUGGCGGCAGAUGAAUGGCACAACAAUGGGCCUCUGGAUCUCGUCACGGUAUCUCUGUGCAUUCACAUUGCCAUCGGUACAUAAUUCCUGGAAGCUGAAAAUGUCCCAGUUCUUCCAUGGCCUGCAUACCAUUGGGAUGCUCUGGAUCGACGUGUACAAGAGCGUGUUCCAGUUCCCGCCAAUAUCCAGCAACUUCGCACAGCCAUUGAAGAGGAGUGGGACAACAUUCCACAGGCCACAAUCAACAGCCUGAUGAACUCUAUGCGAAGGAGAUGUCGCGCUGCAUGAGGCAAAUGGUGGUCACACCAGAUACUGACUGCUUAUCUGAUCCACCCCCAAACUUUUUAUUUUAAGGUAUCUGUGACUAACAGAUCCGUAUCUGUAUUCCCAGUCAUGUGAAAUCCAUAGAUUAGGGCCUAAUUAAUUGAUUUCAAUUGACUGAUUUCCUACAGUAAAAUCUUUGAAAUUGUUGCAUGUUGCGUUUAUAUUUUUGUUCAGUGUAGAUGCAUGUUCUAUAAUGUAGAACAUGUACGGUGCAUUCGGAAAGUAUUCAGACCCCUUGACUUUUUCCACUUUGUUACGUUGCAUCCUUAUUCUAAAAUUGAUUUAAAAAAAUAAUAAUACUCAUCAAUCUGUACACAAUACCCCAUAAUGACAAAGCAAAAACAGGUUUUUAAAAAAGUUUUUGCAGGUUUAUUACAAAUAAAAAUCGGAAAUAGUACAUUUACAUAAGUAUUCAGACCCUUUACUCAGUACUUUGUUGAAGCACCUUUGGCAGAGAUUACAGCCUCGAGUCUUCUUGGGUAUGACGCUACAAGCUAGGCACACCUGUAUUUGGGGAGUUUCUCCCAUUCUUCUCUGCAGAUCCUCUCAAGCUCUGUCAGGUUGGAUGGGGAGCGUCUCUGCACAGCUAUUUUCAGGUCUCUCCAGAGAUUGGGUUAAAGUCCAGGCUCUGACUGGGCCAUUCAGGAAAUCCAGAGACUUGUUCCGAAGUCACUCCUACGUUGUGUUGGCUGUGUGCUUAGGGUCGUUGUCCUGUUAGAAGGUGAACCUUCGCCCCAGUCUGAGGUCCUGAGCGCUCUGGAGCAGGUUUUCAUCAAGGAUCUCUCUGUACUUUGCUUUGUCAUCUUUCCCUCGAUCCUGCCUAGUCUCCCAGUCCCUGCUGCUGAAAAACAUCCCCACAGCAUGAUGCUGCCACCACCAUGCUACACCGUAGGGAUGGUGCCAGGUUUCCUCCAGACGUGACGCUUGGCAUUCAGGCCAAAGAGUUCAAUCUCAGUUUCAUCAGACCAUAGAAUCUUGUUUCUCAUGGUCUGAGAGUCUUUAGGUGCCUUUUGGCAAACUCCAAGCGGACUGUCAUGUGCCUUUUACUGAGGAGUGGCUUCCAUCUGGCCACUCUACCAUAAAGGCCUGAUUGGUAGAGUACUGCAGAGAUGGGAGAAACUUCCAGAAGGACAACCAUCUCCACAGAGGAACUCUGGAGCUCUGUCGGAGUUACCAUCUGGUUCUUGGUCACCUCCCUGACCAAGGCCCUUCUCCCCCAAUUGCUCAGUUUGGCUGGGCGGCCAGCUCUAGGAAGUCUUGGUGGUUCCAAACUUCUUCCAUUUAAGAAUGAUGUAGUUCAAUGUGUUCUUUGGGACCUUCAAUGCUGCAGAAAUGUUUUGGUACACUUCCCCAGAUCUGUGCCUCGAUACAAUCCUGUCUCGGAGCUCUACGGACAAUUCCUUCGACCUCAUGGCUUGGUGUUUGCUCUGACAUGCACAGUCAACUCUGGGGAAGUGUACCAAAACAUUUGUGCCUUUCCAAAUCAUGUCCAAUCAAUUGAAUUUACCACAGGUGGACUCCGAUCAAGUUGUAGAAACAUCUCAAGGAUGCUCAAUGGAAACAGGAUGCACCUGAGCUAAAUUGAAUCUCAUAGCAAAGGGUCUGAAUACUUAUGUAAAUAAGGUAUUUCUGUUUUAGUUUUUUUUUUUAUGUGCUAAAAAUUCUAAAAACCUGUUUUCGCUUUGUCAUUCUGGGUUAUUGUGUGUAGAUUGAUAAACAUUUUAGAAUAAGGCUGUAACAUAGCAGAAUGUGGAAAAAAUCUAGGGGUCUGAAUACUUUCCAAAUGCACUGUAUCUAAUCUCUCCAGGAGUAGCAAAGUGACAUGUUUUUGUCAUAAUCAGUUGUUGUCUUGUACUGUCUUUUGCUAGCUAGGGGCAUCUAACCCUCGCACUUGUCUUUUCCCGCUGGCACUGACUUUGUUUAACUACUUUAUUGAGGAAAAAUGUACUUACUAUGACUGAGAUGUGGUUAUUUAUGACGGAGAUAUGUCUCACCUAGCUAUCUUAAGAUGAAUGCAGUAACUGUUGCUUAAUCUGGAUACGAGUGUCUGCUAAAUUACUAUCUGGAUACGAGUGUCUGCUAAAUUACUAAAAUGUCAAAUGUGUUUCUCUCUCCGUCUCAGUGACGUUUAAGAAGAUGUACGUCCAGAAGCAGAAGGAGCUCCAGAAACAGUACGACAAGCAGGAGAAGAAGCUCAAGGAUCUCAAGGCUGGAGGGAAGUCCACCAAACAGGCCGUAAGUUUAGUUCAGCUACCUCUGUUUAGACAUUGUUCUACCUGGAUCUGUCUGUGUCUGUCAGUCUCUCUGUACUUCUCCUAUCAUCCACUGUUUUCUGUCUCUGUCUCUAGGAGAAGCAGACUAAGGAGGUCCUGACCAGGAAGCAGGCGAAGGGAAAGAAGAAGGGAGGAGUGGAAGAGGAGAGUCAGGAAGCAACAGAGCUGCUCAAACGACCCAAAGAGUACACUGUCAAAUUCACCUUCCCCAACCCCCCUUCUCUCUCUCCUCCCAUCCUCGGACUGCACAGUGAGUUGUCCCUCUCUCUCUCUUUUUUCCUCUUCCUCUCUCACUCUUUGUGUAUCCCUGUUAACCCUCCGCUCUCUGUCUGUCUCAGGUGUGGACUUUGCCUUUGAGGGACACAAACCCCUCUUCAAGAAUGUGGACUUUGGUAUCGACAUGGAGACUAGAAGUAAGUAGAAAUUGUUUCUGUUUGAAAACCUGGGACAUGUUCAUUUGCCUCCAUACUAUACCUCAUAGCUUUUAUCCUUGUUCAGUUUGUAUUGUUGGACCCAAUGGAGUCGGGAAGAGUACCCUACUACUACUUCUCACUGGCAGGUUAAAUCCGGUGAGUUUGCCUCCAAACAAAAACAACAGUAAUAUCUAUACAAAUACGGUAUCUGUUUCUGCACUGAUGGGUGUAACUGUGUGUCAAACUAAAUGUGUUGAUUUGCCUUUCAGACCAAGGGGGAGAUGAGAAAGAACCAUCGGCUGAAGGUGGGCUUCUUCAACCAGCAGUAUGCUGACCAGCUGAACAUGGAGGAGGCAGCUACAGAGUACCUCCAGAGGAACUUCAACCUGCCCUACCAGGACAGCAGGAAGUGUCUGGGCCGCUUCGGACUGGAGAGCCAUGCACACACCAUCCAGAUCUCCAAGCUAUCAGGUUAGGAUUAGAAACAUGCACGCACACACAUGCGCAAACACGCACACCAUCAUCCAUUGUCAAUCUGUUCUUUUAAAUGUCCUCUCUAUGUUCCUCUUCAUCCAGGUGGUCAGAAAGCCAGAGUGGUGUUCGCUGAGCUGGCCUGUCGGCAACCUGACGUUCUCAUCCUGGAUGAGCCUACUAACAACCUGGACAUUGAGUCGAUCGAUGCCUUAUCAGAAGCUAUCAACGAGUACAAAGGAGGUACAGUUGAAGUCGGAAGUUUACAUACACCUUAGCGAAAUACAUUUAAACUCAGUUUUUCACAAUUCCUGACAUUUAAUCCUAGGAAAUUCCCUGUGUUAGGUCAGUUAGGAUCACCACUUUAUUUUAAGAAUGUGAAAUGUCAGAAUAAUAGUAGAGAGAAUGAUUUAUUUCAGCUUUUAUUUCUUUAUCACAUUCCCAGUGGGUCAGAAGUUUACAUGCACUCAAUUAGUAUUUGGUAGCAUUGCCUUUAAAUUGUUUAACUUGGGUCAAACGUUUCGGAUAGCCUUUCACAAGCUUCCCACAAUAACUUGGGUGAAUUUUGGCCCAUUCCUCCUGACAGAGCUGGUGUAACGGAGUCAGGUUUGUAGGCCUCCUUGCUCGCACAUGCUUUUUCAGUUCUGCCCACACAUUUUCUAUAGGAUUGAGGUCAGGGCUUUGUGAUGGCCACUCCAAUACCUUGACUUUGUUGUCCUUAACCAAUUUUGCCACAACUUUGGAAGUAUGCUUGGGGUCAUUGUCCAUUUGGAAGACCCAUUUGCAACCAAGCUUUAACUUCCUGACUGAUGUCUUGAGAUGUUGCUUCAAUAUAUCCACAUAAUUUUCCUUCCUCAUGAUGCCAUCUAUUUUGUGAAGUGCACCAGUCCCUCCUGCAGCAAAGCAGCCCCACAGCAUGAUGCUGCCACCCCUGUGCUUCACGGUUGGGAUUGUGGUGUUCGGCUUGCAAGGUCCCCCUUUUUCCUCCAAAUAUAGCGAUGGUCAUUAUGGCCAAACAGUUCUAUUUGUGUUUCAUCAGACCAGAGGACAUUUCUCAAAAAAGUACGAUCUUUAUCCCAUGUGCACUUGCAAACCGUAGUCUGGCUUUUUAUAUGGCGGUUUUGGAGCAGUGGCUUCUUCCUUGCUGAGCAGCCUUUCAGGUUAUGUCGAUAUAGGACUCGUUUUACUGUGGAUAUAGAUACUUUUGUGCCUGUUUCCUCCAGCAUCUUCACAAGGUCCUUUGCUGUUGUUCUGGGAUUUAUUUGCACUUUUCGCACCAAAGUACGUUCAUCUCUAGGAGACAGAACGCAUCUCCUUCCUGAGCGGUAUGACGGCUGCCGGGUCCCAUGGUGUUUAUACUUGCGUACUAUUGUUUGUACAGAUGAACGUGGUAGCUUCAGGCGUUAGGAAAUUGCUCCCAAGGAUGAACCAGACUUGUGGAGGUCUACAAUAGUUUUUCUGAGGUCUUGGCUGAUUUCUUUUGAUUUUCCCAUGAUGUCAAGCAAAGAGGCACUGGGUUUGAAGGUAGGUCUUGAAAUACAUCCACAGGUACACCUCCCAUUGACUCAAAUGAUGUCAAUUAGCCUAUCAGAAGCUUCUAAAGCCAUUACAUUUUCUGGAAUUUUCCAAGCUGUUUAAAGGCACAGUCAACUUAGUGUAUGUAAACUUCUGACCCACUGGAAUUGUGAUACAGUGAAUUAUGUGAAAUAAUCGGUCUGUAAACAAUUGUUGGAAAAAUUACUUGUGUCAUGCACAAAGUAGAUGUCCUAACCGACUUGCCAAAACUAUAGUUUGUUAACAAGACAUUUGUGGAGUGGUUGAAAAACGAGUUUUAAUGACUCCAACCUAAGUGUAUGUAAACUUCCGACUUCAACUGUAUGUACACAAAUAUAAGAGACUGUUUGUUAUUGAGGGUUUAUUUUUGUUUAAAUGUAGGAUCAGAAAGUAGCCUCAGUGUUCCCUCUACUUGUUUUCGGCACUGAGCAAAUUUCAGGUCUGCUUAGUGCAAACUUAAACGUUGUAAAUAUUCUGUGCAACUUCUGGCGCGCGUUUACUGUGAACUCUGAGGCUGUACCUGCUUCAAGUUAGCUAGAACAGUGGCCAAGUAGGCUACUGUGGCUAUUUGAUCAUAACGCAUAAUAUCAGCCUACAGUAGCAGUAAAUGUGUGUUGUUCAAUGUAGGCCUACAUUCCAUUAGACGUUUGGAAAAAAACAUGUAGGGAUUGACAUUAACCUAUUUAUCCACUUGUCCUUCAGAGAAGGUGACUGAAAAUGUUGUUGUUUGAUGCAAGAAACAACUUUACAAAAUAUACUGAACAAAAAUAUAAAUGCAACAUGCAACAAUUUAAAAGGUUUUACUGAGUUACAUUUCAUAUUAGGAAAUCAGUCAAUUGAAAUGAAUUCAUUAGGCCCUCAUCUAUGGAUAUCACAUGACUGGGAAUACAUAUAUGCAGCUGUUGGUCACAGAUACAUUUUUUAAAAGGUAGGGACGUGGAUAAGAAAACCAGUUAGUAUCUGGUGUGGCCUCAUGCAGCCGGACACAUUUCCUUUGCAUAGAGUUGAUCAGGCUGUUGAUUGAGGCCUAUGGAAUGUUGUCCCACUCUUCUUCAAUGGCUGUGUGAAGUUACUGGAUAUUCGCGGGAACUGGAACACGCUGUCGUACACGUCGAUCCAGAGCAUUCCAAACAUGCUCAAUGGGUGACAUCUGGUGAGUAUGCAGGCCAUGGAAUAACUGGGAUAUUUUCAGCUUCCAGGAAUUGUGUACAGAUUCUUGCGACAUGGGGCCAUGCAUUAGCAUUCUGAAACAUGAGGUGAUGGUGGCGGAUGAAUGGCACGACAAUGGGCCUCAGGAUCUCGUCACUGUAUUACAUUUAUAUUUUAGUAAUUUAGCAGACGCUCUUAUCCAGAGCGACUUACAGUUAGUGAGUGCAUACAUUUUUCAUACUGGCCCCCUGUGGGAAAUGAACCCACAACCCUGGUGUUGCAAGCGCCAUGCUCUACCAACUGAGCUACAGGGGUAUCUCUGUGCAUUCAAAUUGCAAUCGUGUUCAUUGUCCGUAGCUUAUGCCUGCCCAUACCAUAACCCACCGCUACCAUGGGGCACACUCUUCACAUCGUUGACAUGAGCAAACCGCUCGCCCACACGACACCAUACACGUGGUCUGCGAUUGCGGUUGUGAGACCGGUUGGACGUACUGCCAAAUUCUUUAAAACAACGUUGGAGGCAGCUUAUGGUAGAGAAAUAAACAUGACAUUCUCUGGCAACAGCUCAGGCGGACAUUCAUGCAUUCAGCAUGCCAAUUACACACUCCCUCAAAACUUGAGACAUCUGUGGCAUUGUGUUGUGUGACAAAACUGCACAUUUUAGUGGCUUUUUAUUGUCCCCAGCACAAGGUGCACAUGUUUACAUUUACAUUUUAGUCAUUUUAGCAGACGCUCUUAUCCAGAGCGACUUACAGGAGCAAUUAGGGUUAAGUGCCUUGCUCAAGGGCACAUCGACAGAUUUUUCACCUAGUCAGCUCGGGGAUUAGAACCAGCGACCUUUCGGUUACUGGCACAACGCUCUUAACCACUAAGCUACCUGCCGCCCAUGUGUAAUGAUAAUGCUGUUUAAUCCGCUUCUUGAUAUGCCACACUUGUCAGGUGGAUGGAUUAUCUUGGCAAAGGGGAGAUGCUCACUAACAGGGUUGUAAACUAAUUUGUGAGAAUAAGCUUUUUGUGCGUAUGGAACAUUUCUGGGAUAUUUUAUUUCAUCUCAUGAAACAUGUUGCGUUUUAUAUUUUUGUUCAGUGUAAAAUUCAUUAUUAUUACCAUACCAUUAUUACAGAGAAUCAGUCAAAUUAUGCUACCCUCUGCCGAUUGGCUUCUACUUAGCUUAUUCAAGCCUGUCUCAAAAUAUAACACAGAAAAAAGCUCUUUCCCUGACUUGCUUUUCAAAGAUGGCUAGAAAUGCACACUUUUGUGCUCUUGUAGGAAGAAACCACUCCCCCAUCGCUGACUUGAAAUUAGUUAUAACUGGGCUAAUAACUCGGUAGCAAAGAAUAUGAACAAAUGUACACACCUGGCUACAUGCAGCUCUUGCUUUGAUCUCAAAACAAGCGCAUCUACUCGCGACCACUCGUGCUGUAAACACAGUCCAGUUCAAAGUAAAUGGCACAGAUCCAUAUAUGGCAAUGGUCUAUUUGCAUAUAGGGAUACUGCAGCUCUGAUUGGUUAUGGCGCACUGGUCUGUGUAGAGUAUGGGUCUGAAUCGUGCCUGUCAAUGCAAUAGAAUCCUACUCCAAUGUACAAGAAAAUCUAUUGCAUUGUUCGUUUUGUUUCGGUAUGUUGCGUUGAAAGUGGCUAAUAUUGUGUUGAUUUGAACACAAUUUGCACAGUAGAUGGAAACGUUGAUAAUGUUCAAUCUCGUGCUUCUCUGCGCGUGGUGAUAUUUCUUCUGCGCGCCAGUCCCGGGGGAGCUGCAUGUAGCUUAGAGGGAACAGUGGUGGUGGCAUAAAUAAAUUGGCUGUCAACAUCAAACGCAUAAUUAGCAUGCUGCUGAUAGUGCCUUUUGGUAGACUCUUCUGACAGUGUGUCUCAUAUCUUAUGGUAAUGUCACAUGUUCAUUCCCUGCUUUUGUCCCUCCAUAGCGGUGAUCAUCGUGAGCCACGAUGCCCGGCUGAUCACUGAGACAGCCUGUCAGCUGUGGGUGGUGGAGGACCGGUCCGUCAACCAGAUAGACGGGGACUUCGAGGACUACAAACGCGAGGUCCUGGAAUCACUGGGGGAGACCCUGGUCCACAAGGUCAAGGAGUGACCUACCUACUGCAGAACCAGGGCGCUGUUGGCACUCUAUUCCCUAUAGUGUGCUACUUUUCACCAGAGCACUAUUGGCCCUGGUCAAAUGUACUGCACUAUGUAGGGAAUAGGGUGCCAUUUCGAACAGACCCCAGGAGGAAAUGUAAUGCAAUAUAACCUACUGCUGAAGCUGGCCAUGUCAUCAGCUCAAUGCUGGGGUGCAUCUCGAUAGUCUAAGGUGGCUUCCUCGUCUCCGCUCCUGAUCGUUCAGCACUUAUUUGGAUAAGCAUCAUGGCUGAAGUCUGUCUCCCAAAUCAGUUUGAUCGAAGAAAGGUGUGGAGAGAAAACCACGUUAAGACUAUUGAGACACCCCUGGUGUACUGCAGUAUCCUCUCGGCCUAUGAGAUGCGUACGUCCAAAUUGCCACCUUGCCCCCCUACACACACCUGUAGAUCUGAAAAGAUGGGGCAAGGGGGUGAUUUGGGAUUCAGAAUUUGACUGGACAAGUCUCACCCAUGUGACAGAAAGAAAGAGCAAUAUGCUGAGCAAUAUGCUGAAGUAUUUAUAUUAUAGAGAGGAAAUGGCAGUACAUUAACACUGGAUUCAUACAUGUAGAAACCGGCUCUUAUUAACUGGGAAUAAACAUGUUGAUACCUGUAUGAUCAAGUCUUUACUACAGAUAAAAAGGCAAUUCAAUAAAUGGAUUUUGCAUCUUACAAUGUCUUUAUUGUACAACUUGUCUCUGAAUACUAAACAAUGAGCAUAGAUUAUUAGACAGAUUUAUCUCAUGGACUGUCCAUAUAGUAGCAUGUACUGUUCAAGAGCUGAUAAGUCAUCCUGUUGCCUAGUUACUUUACCUCUACCUAUAUAUACACUUAUCUACUUCAAGUACCUCUACAUAUUGACUCGGUACUGGUACCCCGUGUAUAUAGCAAAGGUAAUGUUACUCCUAUUUUUCUCUGCAUUGUUGGGAAGGGCCCUUAAGUAAGCAUUUCACUGUUCGUCUACACCUGUUGUAUACAAAGCAUGUGACAAAUACAAUUACAUUUUAAGUUGUAGCCUGUGAGGAGAAGGGGCUGGAAUGAAUCAGUGAUCUGUUUUUUUUUGUUGUUGGUAUUUUACCCCCUUUUUCUCCCCAAUUUCGUGGUAUCCAAUUGGUAGUUACGGUCUUGUCCAAUCGCUGCAACUCCCGUACAGACAUGGGAGAGGCGAAGGUCGAGAGUCGUCCGAAACACAACCCAACAUAGCCGCACUGCUUCUUGACACAGUGCCCGCUUAACCCGGAAGCCUGCUGCACCAAUGUGCCGGAGGAAACACCGUACACCUGGCACUGCGAUGGGACAAGAACAUCCCUCCCCUACCCUGGAUGACGCGGCGCCACCCCAUGGUUCUCCCGGUCGCGGCCGGCUGCGACAGAGCCUGGACUCGAACCAAGAUCUCUAGUGGCACAGCCUUAGACCACUGCGCCACUCGGGAGGCCCUGUGACGUGUUUUAGCAAAAUUGCAACUGCUACUCUCCCACACUCCCAAAAGCAAUAAAAAAAAAAGCUAUUUUAUAACUUGUUUUAAAACUGUAAUAUGUAACUUUUAGGGCGACCCAACCAAAUUCACACAAGUGAGUUGUAUAUCUGUCAUUCUCAUUGAAAGCAAUUCCAAGAAGCAGUAGAUAUGUUCUAUGUGUGCUAUUUCUAUGCUUAAGUUAACUUUUUGCAUAUUUUACUUUCAUUUUUGUACACCAUCUUAAAAUACAAGAUUUUUGGUUAUGGAAAAUAUAUUUCACACUGUUGUUUAGAUGGUACAAUGAUUCUUUACACUAUACUUGCUUGUUUUGUCACAAACUGAAAUUAGACAAACUAUUCCUCUGAUAGGCCCUAGUCUAUUUCAAAUAGGCCUUGUAGGUCUUCUUGACUUUAGCCACUUCAGUCUCGUCUGGCUGUAUGGUGUGGUACCACCAGUACCAAGGGGUCAUGGUGGGGGGAGGAGGGGUCGAGCCCACUGCAUCAUGGGAGUUUGAGUAGUCCUCCCCUGAGAAGUCCACAUGAGGAACCUGGAAGGGUAGCAGCCCUGGAAAUAUGGACAAUAUUUAUGUACUGUAGAGAACUGCAGUUUCUGUUUUGGUGGCAUUGUUGAAGCACUGCACUGGUCAAAAAAUGUUUUAUUCUUCAUUAUUACUGUACUGCUCUAACAUUCUCCUCCUUAGUUACAGAGGCUGAACUUACCAUGGUCUCUUGCAGCGCCAAUCGCCUGAUUGAGUUGUUUUUGCUGUUUCUGACACACUCCUGGAUAAAAAUUUAGAAUAACAAUAUAAAUGUGGCACUUUGGUUACCUCAAACCUCACAAAAAGUGUUGGUCUUGAACCAGAUGUUACUUUAUGCAGAACUGUUUAUCACUAAAACAACUAUUGGCAGAUUCUCAGAUUCUUGGUUGUGUCAACUGUGUAAAUUAAUCAUUCAUCAAAUCAAAGACAACUUAUUUCGAUGAAACAUAUUAAACCAGCAAGCAUUUAUUAAACCAGCAAGCAUUUAGAUAACACCUGCUGAAUUCAGCAUGGUUGAUUCAGAUUCAUUCAUAGAAUUGUAUACAUAUAUUGAACUAAUAUCUUACCUGUCCGUGUGGGGUCAUACAAAAUGCCUGUAUAUGGACUGAUAAACUGUUGCAGCAGCUUCACAUUCUGCAGGAAGACAAUGGUCCAUUGCUUUACAAACAUAACAUUGAAUAGCUUGUUAAAUCAACUUAACGAAAUCAAAGGUAAUGCCAUCCAAUUUUCCAUCUCUCAUAAUGGCUGUGUGUGUAUUCCAUGAGUAAAUGUGAGAGACCAAACCUGAUAGUGGAUGAUGAUGUUGGUGUCUCGACAAAUUGGACAGGGGUUCCCACAUAUCUUGUCUCCUCUCUGAAGAAAACAAAACAGAAAUAGUGAUUAGAGGUUGCAGUCACAUGUCUGUCCGGUGGAGAAUAUAAUAAUAAUAUGGAGUUACAUAGCCUAAUACAAAGCAGACAGCAUCAAGGUAGACAUCCUCUGAUCAUCUGUGCACUCCCCAAAGCCUAGGCAAUAGCUCAGAGACCUGCCGCAAGUCUCCAGGUCUCAGGCAAGGUUACAGAACCACCUCUGUUACACCUACAAUGCAGGUCUUGCGUGUCUUCUGAGGGGGAAUCCCCCCUUUGUGGUUCCUCCUGUAGUCAGACCACACUGGACUGGUUCCAUAGCGCUCUAUGUACUCUAGAGAUAGGAGAGGUAGACGGACACAAAGUAAAUGGUCACAGAUAUGGAUGGAUUAACAGUAAUUAAUUACACUAUUCCUGGACUUUUCCCAGACAAUUCCUGAUUAUCCAUUGAGCAUGCCUUUUAGAGCAGGAACCUGGAGUAGGCUUAAUCUGGGUCCGAGGAACCAUCCCUUAGAAAACAGCAGAGUGCAUAGAAAAUACAUACAAUCUCUAAUCUCCAUACCUUCGCUCUCCAGGUAGUCCCAUGGUCUGUCCUUGUAGCGGGCAAGAGCCUCCACUGCCUCAGCAGCAUCACUGGGGAUCUCAGGUGAGGCUGCAGUGCACAGAGAGAGGCUGGACUUCACACUUGGAAACACAGCCUGGGUCCAAAGCCUGACAGGUAACCUCUUUGGAAGCUAGAAACCAAACAAAUACAGUGACUGUCAGUCAAGUCAUCAAGUGUAAAACUUGCAAAUACAGUGUACUGUACUGUACACAAGCCAAUGAUGCUGAUAAGUUUGCAUAUACUAUGGUUAUAUGUGAAACAUAUUACUGGGCUUGCAGUGGAUGAUGUACAGUGCACAAAGUCGAGUACCGGUAUGUAGUUCGCUAUGUUGCUAGCUGCAACUGGCUAGUGGUGUUUAUUAGCCGGCGGUAACGUUAGCUCCGUCACUGUUUCGUGAUAUGACUAUCUGUGUAACGUAGUUGAAUGUGUACAUCAGAAGUCCUAGCUUUUGCUUAUAUGAUGCACUAUAGAAAAUAAUUGUGAAAUACCUUAUUCUGCCGAAUAUUCUGUAAAAGUAAAGGAGACACACGGCAUAAAAUCCUUCCAACGCUUGGUAUGGACGCUGCCAUUUUGCCUUUCACAACUGAGGGUUGAAAGUUUACAGGUGAAAGGGGAAGUAGCACAUUAUUUUUUUUGGUGCAUGGCUAAACUCUCCUUUUGGACUUCAAUUCAUUUAUUUUAUGAAUUUUAGUACAUUAUUAAUUUCAUCAUUUUAAAUUAAACGCAAGGUUUUGAUAGUGUCCGCGAGUGUGCCAGGCAGCAUGCUCGACUCCACCGCAGCCAUUUUGUAAAAAUAUUACAAUCGAAAUUACACCCAAAUGUGAUAUUAUACCUCAGUACGAGCACCAUAUUUUGUGAGUUAGAACUAAUACUCAUUCAAAUGUGUUUAGAUAAGCAACAAUAGACUUGGGGUGUGAUUUAAAUUUAAAAGAGAAUGUACAAAACGUGCAGCGACAUCUUUCUGUCCUAAUGGACAAUGAAGGCACAGAUAGAAAACUCUUUGAUGAAGGUCGGUCUACAACUGCGCGUCACCAAAAACUCAAUUUUGUUACCAUGAAAAUCCCAGAAAAUGUAUGGUAGAACACUCGUAAGACGUCAAAAACGUCACAGGGUAUAAAUAUCAAGCCCCUCCCCUUUCCAGCACAUUCCUGGAUUUGUUCUGCGGUGAGUAACGUCGAAAGAAAUGCUGUAAUUUAUUUAUUUAUUUUCGAAAACGACUGCGCAAUUAUUCAUUUUAACCAUAAUCCAUCAUAAGAAAGCUAUUUUAAGAUACAGGUGUGUAUGAGCGCACUAAGAAAGUAAGUGAAUGUAACUUUAAAUGUUUUUCGUUUUGUGUGCUCUUUUUUUCAGGUAUUUUGUCUCUGAAGAGUGGCCGUCGAGGACUUUGAACAUUAAAUAAAAACACUUUUCAACAAAUUGACGUUUUACUACUAGUUUUGCCUCCAGUUUGUUCCAGAAGGAAUAGCUAUCUUUUAGCUGCCACAACCUCGCCCAAACAUUGGCAGUAGAAUGGCCUGUACUGAAGAGCUCAGUGACUUUCAACGUGGCACCGUCAUAGGAUGCCACCUUUCCAACAAGUCAGUAAGUCAAAUUUCUGCUCAGCUAGAGCUGCCCAGGUCAACUGUAAGUGCUGUUAUUGUGGAGUGGAAACGUCUAGGAGCAACAACGGCAGAGCCGCGAAGUGGUAAGCCACACAAGCUCACAGAACGGGACCGGCAAGUGCUGUAGCGGCAAAAAAUUCUGUCCUCGUGCAACACACACUACCGAGUUCCAACCUGCUUCUGACAGCAACGUCCGCACAAUAACUGUUUGUCUGGAGCUUCAUGAAAUGGGUUUCCAUGGCCAAACAGCCACACACAAGCCUAAGAUCACCAUGCGCAAUGCCAAGCGUAGGCUGGAGUGGUGUAAAGCCAGAUAGGCGGGGACUUCCAGGACUACUAACAGGAGGACCUGGAAUCACUGGGGGAGACCCUGGUCCACAAGGUCAUGGAGUGACCUACCUACUGCAGAACCAGGGCUCUGUUGGCACUCUAUUCCCUAUAGUGUGCAAUUUUUCACCAGAGCACUAUUGGCCCUGGUCAAAUGUACGGCACUAUGUAGGGAAGAGGGUGCCAUUUCGAACGGACCCCAGGAGGAGAUGUAAUGCUAUAUAACCUACUGCUGAAGCUGGCCAUGUCAUCAGCUCAGUGCUGGGGUGCAUCUCGAUAGUCUAAGGUGGCUUCCUUGUCUCCGCUCCUGAUCGUUCAGCACUUAUUUGAAUAAAGCUCAUGGCUGAAGUCUGUCUCCCAAAUCAGUUUGAUUGAAGAAAGGUGUGGAGAGGAAGCCACGCUAACUAUUGAGACACACCCCUGUUGUAUGACAUUAUCCUGUCAGCCUAUGAGAUGCAUACAUUUUUUAAAAGUCCAAUUUGCCACCUUGCCCCCCUACACACCUGUAGAUCUGAAAAGAUAGGGCAAAGGUGGUGAUUUGGAAUUCAGAAUUUGACUGGACAAGUGGGCAUGUCUCACCCAUGGGACAGAAAGAAAGGGCAAUAUGAUGAAGUGUUUAUAAUGGCAAUACAUUACCACCGGAUUCGUACAUGUAUAAACCAAGCUCUUAUUAACUUGAAAUAAACAUGUUGAUACCUGUAUGAUCAAGUAUUUACUACAGAUAAGGCAAUUCAAUAAAUGGAUUUUGCAUCUUACAAUGUCUUUAUUGUACAACUUGUCUCUGAAUACUAAACAAUGAGCAUAGAACAGAUUAUUUGACAGAUUUAUCUCAUGGACGUCCAGUGGUCUAAGGCACUGCAUCGCAGUGCUAGCUGUGCCACUAGAGAUCCUGGUUCGAAUCCAGGCUCUGUCGUAGCUGGCCGUGACCGGGAGACCCAUGGGGCGGCGCACAAUUGGCCCAGCGUCGUCCAGGGUAGGGGAGGGAAUGGCCAGCAGGGAUGUAGCUCAGUUGGUAGAGCAUGGCGUUUGCAACACCAGGGUUGUGGGUUCGAUUCCCACGGGGGGGCCAGUAUGAAAAAUAAAAAAUGUAUGCACUCACUAACUGUAAGUCGCUCUGGAUAAGAGCGUCUGCUAAAUGACUAAAAUGUAAAUAUAGUAGCAUGUUCUGUUCAUGAGCUGAUAAGUCCU